AUGAGUUCUACAAGACCAGCAAAACUAUUAAAUGGGAAAUUUGUAAAAGAGGCUGGAAAUCAGUUGGAAAUUUUAUUAUUUGGAAAUGUUGUCAAGUCUAUUGGUGAUUUGGAUUCAAUAUUUCUAUUGAAAUCAACAAGUUGGAAUAUACCAACAAUUGAAGAAUUUCACAAGCAGUUCACAGAUCACAUCGAAGAAGAUAUUCGACAACAGCCAAACAAUGAUGAAUCAUAUCGAUUAACAAUACCGGGCAAAUGUGGUGAUCUUGAUAAUCCGAACGACAACAAUCAACAAUACAACGAUCGAAUAAAUAUUGGAAAUUGUGCUACAAGUAUCUGUCAACCACGUUCAAAAUUAUCAUUUGAAGGUAAUCAGAAAUUAUGGAUUCUUCAAGCAAUGAAACUCAGUUUAGAGCAUUUAAAAGGUGAUGUAGAAGAUGCUGUGACAUUAAAUACAUUACCACCAAAUGAAAUCAAACAAUUGCUUUAUUAUGCUUUAACAAGUGAUAUACAUUCAUCUUUUCAAAAACGUCAAAUGGAUGGAGCAUUAUGUCGUGUUCCAGCUGAUUUUUUUGAACAUAUUUGGUCAAUAUUUGAACGAACACCUGGUGGAAUAAAAUUAUGUGGUGCUUUUCUUCCACAACAACCAACAUUAUCUGAUAUGACUGAUUAUGAGUUAAAUUUUUCAUUAAAAAUUGAAGAAAUGCUUAGUCGAAUAUCUGAUCCAGCUUAUCGAUGUCUUGUUGUCGAAAUAUUUGAAUUAAUAAAUGUUUUAUUGAAACGUAAUCCUGAAUUACGUUUUACUCAAACACUUGAUGCAGACUAUUUAAUAAGUGAAGCUGUUAAAUUAUAUCAACAACAAACAAAUUCAAUAGAUCCAUUUAAAGAUUUCUAUCAUCUCCCAAUGCAACUUGUUGAUGGUUCAACAGGUUAUAUGGUUCGAGUAUUAUCAACUAUUUAUUUAAUGCAAAUACGAAAAAAAUUGAUAAUAUUGGUUUAA